AUGAUGAGGAAGGCUUUCGGGGCGCAGCUAGCCGAGAGGAUCCUAGCUCUCUCGUUACCUCAGGGUGCUUCAGUGGACAUGCUAGUUUGGGUGGCCACAGGGAGAGCUAAGGUGCGCUCAACAGACCUACAUACAGUGAUGGGUGGUGAGUCCUCCAGGCGAUUUGAUGGUGGAUGGAUCUGGAGGAUGUGGGUCCAUAGUGACCAGGUGGCCUGGGAUUGUUUGCCGACUAAGAGUCUGCUGGUUAGAAGGAGGGUCAGGAUAUCCCCAAUGUGUUUGAAUUGCUUGGAUUUGGUAGAGUUUGUUAGCCAUGCUCUGCUUGAGUGCCCACGGGCCACACAGAUCUGGAGGAGAGCCUCAUUUUCGCUGCAGGGAUCCACCAUGUCACCAGGGGAUCUACUCCGGUAUGUGAGGUAUGCCAUGCGGUCUUCGAGCACCGCUGGGUGGGGUAUUGCUGGCACCUAUUUGGCUUAUCACUUCUGGCUGGACAGGAACAAUAGGAUCAUCAAGGAUAGGAGGGCACCCCUGAGGACUGUUGUAGAAAGAUCUCUCCGUCAGGCCGGGAAAGUUACUAAGGCUACCGAGGCUGAUUCAUCUAAAAUGGCUCGGGAUAUCUGGGACUCCCUCUCUGCUAUUGUAGUGCCCAUGUAUGUUCUUGUUUCUUGGAAGCCCCCACCCCCUGGCCAUCUCAAGGUGAAUUUUGAUGGUAGUCUGUUUGCUGGUGGAGACAAUGCUGGAGUUGCAUGUGUGAUUAGGGACUGCGAUUCCAUGUGGGUAGGUGGGGGGGCGGACAUACUUUCGAGGCAUUAG